AUGAUCGGAACAUCUAUUAAGGCCCCAUUUACACUUCCUAAAUGGACACUUAUUACCAGCGAAACAUACAACCCUGAAUAUGCAUUCAUUAGCGACCUUAUUCGUCUCCGACAUUACCAGCCUGGUUCAUCUAAAGAAGCACAAAACAGCUUUUUAUUGGCGACCAAACAGCAAGCUUUGGGUCGUUUUCGAGUUGCUCUGAAGCUCCUAAAACAUGCUGCUCAGUUGGAUCCCAACAAUGAGGUCAUUUUGACUGCUCUCGGUGAAGCCCUUGAGAAAGACGCGGACGAUGGCAAAGAGAAAAGUCAUAGUUCAAGACAGAAUCCGAUAUCUGCCUUGUCAGUCAAGAAGUCCAGUGAUAUAAAGUCAUCCGUAUAUGCGGAAAACCUAGUUGCCGCUGAGAAUCUGUACGCCCGUGCUUUAAUAGAAAACCCAAAAUACCAGAAGGCUACGAAGAAUCAACGCCGGAUACUACCUGUUGUAGAGCAACUCGACCAACAGCGACUAAAAAAUAUUGAUAAGAAGGUCGCGCGUUUCUAUCUUGUUCCUGAAUCUAAUCCAGGUUUGAGAUUGGUGAAGAUUGAGCACUACUUUCAACACAUCUAUCAUUCAAAUGCUAUUGAGGGAAAUACACUCUCGUUAGCCCAGACGCGCGCCGUUUUGGAAACACGCAUCGCUGUUGGCGGUAAAAGUUUGCAGGAACAGAACGAAGUUUUAGGAUUGGAUGCGGCAUUCAGAUUCCUAAACACGACGCUUCUCAAAGGCUCCUCAGCUCCGAUAGAACUUGGCGACCUACUAGAACUACACCGGAGAAUUUUAUCUUUCGUGGAUUUAACGGAAGCUGGUCGUUUCCGGGAAACCCAGGUCUUCGUCGCGGACCACACUCCGCCAGCUGCGGAAAUAAUUCCACAACUGAUGGAAGAAUUAAUGACGUGGGUCAAUUCAGAAGAAGCGGCGGAGCUACAUCCCAUCGAACAGGCAGCGCUGGCUCAUUGGAAACUUGUGUACAUUCAUCCCUUUUACGAUGGGAAUGGCCGAACUGCCCGUCUAUUGAUGAAUUUAAUUCUCAUGCGUGUCGGCUUUCCGCCAGCAAUUAUACGAAAGGAAGAUCGCCACCUCUAUUACGAAACCUUGAAGACUGCCAAUAUUGGUGAUGUGCGCCCUUUCAUUCGUUUUAUAAGUGAGUUUUCUGACUGUGCUGAGAGGACGCUUGAUGACUACCUCCUCGCUGCCUACGGCUCCUCUGCGGUUGAAGUGCUUGUUCAAAGGCCCUCCGAAAUUUCACUGCCUACCCCAACUUCUCUCUCGCCUAUACCCCCUGCGAUCCAAUUCACUCCACCCUCGAACUUCCUAUUGGCUCCUGAAAAGCCAGUGUGGUCUGACCUGCCGCCGCCCCUGCCUUCUAAAACAUUCCGGGAAACGUCCUUCGGGAAAGGCGCCGACUUGCCUGAGAUAAUUUAUAGUAACUAG